GCUAACAGUUACAGCUUUAGAUAACGUCUGCUUGUCAAUUUUGGAAGUAUCCUCCUGACUGUGUGACCCAGUUAUCAUUUUUACUAAUCUCCUAUUAACAAUAAUCCGUUAGGGCGGGGGCAUACAUAUAGCAGUGUGAAAGCUAUGGUUUAAUGGUGCCACCCAUAUUUUUGUGAAUUGUAAUAGUCAGCACAAUCUCUACUCUUUACCACAACGAUAAAUCACAAGUGCCCGUAGCUACCUUUUACUUUUGCGCGUUCCCGUAACAGUGUCCGCCAUUUUGAUAAAAAAAAUAUGACAGCAUCCUUGUCUGUCUUGCUGCAAUCUUGAGGGUAAAAGCGACAAUUAAUUUACUGGCGCUGGGAUUGAUUGUACUAUACACGGGUGGAAGGGUCCGGCAGCCUCUUGUGAGCUGUCAAAGAAACACUCGCCAGAUUAAUGACAGAUUUGGUUGAUGGGGCGUGCAGCUCCAGUUGACUGGCUUGGAAUAUAAACAAACUGCUCAACUAGCUACUUUAGCAGACUGACACUGACGCCCUGGAGCUAAAUGACAAGACCGUUUAUCAGUGUGUGUGCGCCAAUGGUGUGUGUGUAAUCGUCCAUGCAGAUGACCAUUCCUUCCUGGGUCUAUGAGACAAAUGACUGAAGAGGUCUGACCAAGGACACACAUUAAUUAGAUGACCAUUCCUUCCUGGGUCUUUGAGACAAAUGACUGAAGAGGUCUGACCAAGGACACACAUUACUUAGCUGCAGCCAUGUUCUGGAAGUUUGACCUGCACAUGUCGUCCCAGCUGGAGGCCCUGCUGGAGAAGGAUGAUGUCACGCUCACUGAGCUCAUGGAGGAGGAGGACGUACUGCAGGAGUGCAAGGCCCAGAACCGCAGGCUGCUUGUCUUCCUGUCCCAGGACACCUGCAUGCAGGAGCUGCUGCACCUCAUCACCACAGAGCCCCCUGCUGGCCUGGAAGAAACAAGACGUUUUAAGCACCCUAACAUAGCGUGUGAGCUGCUGACGAGUGAUGUGGGGGUGAUAAAUGAUAAGCUGGGUGGAGAGAAGCCCCUGCUGGAUACCCUGUACUCUUUCCUGGAGCAGCCCCCUCCCCUCAACCCCCUUCUUGCGUCCUUCUUCAGCAAGACCAUCGGAAACCUCAUCACACGCAAGACCGAACAGGUGAUCUCCUUUCUGCGGGGAAAGGAGGGUUUCCUAGGUCUGGUCCUGAAUCACAUCAACACAUCAGCCAUGAUGGACCUCCUGCUACGCCUCAUCAGCUGUGUAGAGCCUGCUCCUCUCAGACAGGACACACUCAACUGGUUAAAUGAAGAGCAGCUGGCCCAGAGGCUUAUAGAGCUCAUCCACCCUGGGAAAGACGAGGAGAAACAGUCAAAUGCAUCCCAGACUGUGUGUGACAUUAUCCGUCUGAGCAGAGACCAGGCCAAUCAACUCCAAGAGAACUCUGAGGCUGACCCUCUGCUUGCCGUGCUGGAGUCGAAGGAGUGUGUGGGUCAGCUGCUAGACAACAUGUUUGUGGGAGAGAGGACAGAGAGCUGUAUCAUCUGUGGAACUCAAAUCCUUCUAACCUUACUGGAAAUCAGGAGGCCAGGGGUAGAGGGUAUGUUGGAUGUGUGUGUUCAAGGACAUGAGAGGUGUGUCAACAGUAGCAUCCUGCAGGCCAUCCAACCCCACCUCACACACUACCACCAACUACUGCUGGAUCCGCCCAGGGUGACCCCCAUGCUUACCAGUCUAGGUGUGUUGGAGGUGCCACUGGGUAACUGUCGUCUCCAUGUGGCCAGGCUGAUGGCCUCUCUGCUACAGACCACUAACACCAGUUAUUACAUCUGUUGUAACAACACCAUUUAUAACAACACCGUCACACUGGAGCUCUGCAGACUCAACACCAUAAACAUUCUACUGGACCUGUUCUUUAAGUACACCUGGAACAACUUCCUGCACUUCCAAGUGGAGCUGUGUGUGGCAGCCAUCCUCAGCCACUCUGCACAGGAGCAGAGACCCCUGGUUACCCAGGAAAAUCCCAGGCUUGAGCAGGAGCCCCAGGAGAAGCAGGCCUCGCCUGGCCCCACACUCCCACUGCCCUCUGUUCCUCCCGACAUCUCCACACACAACCCACUGGUGACCCAUUUGUUUCAGGACUGUCGUCUGGUUCAGAGGAUAUUGGAGGCCUGGGAGGAGAAUGAUAAGAUGCAGGCGGAGGGGGGCAUGAGGAGAGGCUACAUGGGUCACCUGACUAGGAUCGCCAACACUGUAGUCUGUAGCAUGGAGAAAGGACCAGUACACAGCCAGAUCAGCAGCCUUAUUACAGAGCUGCUUGUGGAUUGCAAGGGGCGCUGGGAGAUCUUUGUAGACCAGGCCCUGACAGAGAUCAACAGGAAGAACACUGUAGACCUGGUGUCUCACAACCUGCGCUCCUCCAGUGAAGACGAUGACAGACAGAGUCCCUUCCCCAAAGAGUUGUCACUGCAACAGACAUUCUCAGACUACCAGAUCCAGCAGAUCACUGCUAACUUUGUGGAUCAGUUCGGCUUCAAUGACGACGAGUUCUCAGAACACGGCGACAACAUCAAUGCCACCUUUGACCGGAUCGCAGAGAUUAACUUCAACGUGGACACAGAGGACACUGCUAAGACUGCAGCAUUUGAGGCCUGCACUAAGGAGAAGAUCCAGUCGUUUGAUGACAACGAAGAGGAAGAUAUCUGGGAGGAGAGAGAGAUUAACUACACUACACACACCAAGUCUAGGACCAGGUUUGGGGGGUCGCGGACGUCUGUUGGAGCGGCUCAGAGUGAUGGGGUGAGCGAUACUGCUGAUAGCUCAACAGGUUCUGAAACGGAGGAGUGGGAGGUGCCUAGUGAGGUCACAGGUCAGACGAAACACAGCAAGAACAUCAGCCAGACUGAGAACAUCAGCCAGACUGAGACUGCACAGAGCCCUGGCUGGGCGGCUAGUUUCGGGGAGGUGAACUCUAAGGACCCCUCUCCUGGAGGGGGUGUGGAUCCAUGGGCUAACCCCACCCCCAAGUCUGGAGUGGGCGUAGACCCAUGGGGUAGCCCUGCCCCCACACCUGGAGUGGGCGUAGACCCAUGGGGUAGCCCCACCUCUAAAUCAGGGGUGGGCAUAGACCCAUGGGGUAGCCCCACCCCCAAGUCCGAAGUGGGCGUAGACUCAUGGGACAGCCCUGCCCCCAAGUCAGAAGUGGGCGUGGAUGCAUGGGGCAGCCCCGCCCCCCAACCCAUAACUGCAGAGAAGGGCUGGGCCAAGUUCACUGACUUUCAGCCCUUCUGCUGUUCAGAGACAGGUCCGAGGUGCACUUCUCCAGUAGACUCAGAGAUCUGUGGGUUAGACAAAACAAAACCCAGCCAGGACAAGAACUCUUGUGUGUGGAGUGUGUGUGUGGCGAGGAAGGCUCCCCUGGUAGCAUCAGACAGCUCUUCAUCAGGAGGCUCAGAAAGUGAUGAAGAGGACAAGACUGAAUCUGUUACUAUGGAGACGGUAUCCAAGGAAAUUGUUACUACAGAGACCGUUGUCACAACCGCCGGACGGGAGACCAUCAGACUUAGGAUGGACGCCAAGAACGAGAAAGKUGUCUUCACCAGAGUGUUUCAUCCUGCAGUCAGAUGUGAGGCUGACAUGAGAGAGAAAGAAAAGAUGAAGGAGAAAGAGAGGGUGAUGGGUGGAGGAGACCCUCUCAAUGCCACCGCUGCUCCCCUCAAAAUUCGGCCUGCCACCGUCACAAAAGACACACCAUCCUUGGCAAACGGACCGGCCUAGUACUACGGUACAAUGACACACACAUACACACUCCAUUCCCUAGCAAACUCUAACACACUCCACUUCCCAACAACACUCCAUGCCAUGCAACGUCUUGUAUCGUGAGGAGUGCUGCCCUGUCAUAGGUCUGUGUCUAGGACAUCUACGGUGGCUGAGAGAGUCAGAAAGCAGAAGAGAAAAGCCAUUCCGGAAGCCAAACCACAGCUCCUAAACACAACAGUUUAUAAACAGAUUCAUGUGAUGUUUGUGCCUGCCCUUCUGCUGUAGUCUCUCCUACACACCUAUCACCACACUGCGACGUGUGUGAGAUCCAGCUUUAUGUAGUGUUGUUAGUUCUUGACUCAGCCGGAUUUUUUUACACUUUAAGUUGAGAAGACGCUCCAUUCCCGCUGUAGUCACAUCAUCAGCGCAGAGUAAAGUCUGAGGCCUGGGGAGCAGGGGAAUGAGUAGUCAGUACUGACUGUAAGAUCUUCAAGUGUGUUCCUAGUUUUUAUUUAUUUGACUCAAUCAUUUCAGCAUAGAAAAUCCAGCCUGAUUAUGAAAAUCCUCCACUGUCUUUCUCCCUCUGUGUGGACUUUUCCGUCUGUUCUUUCUCUCUGUGUGGACUAUUACAGCUAGUGAAAAUAUUGAUUCCGUCUGUUCUUUCUCUCUGUGUGUAUGUGUGGGAGAUUUGGAAUAUAUAUUCUCAGGUUAAAAGAGCAGUUCUGUGGAUGUGAUGAAAGCACACCUGUGUGACGUCACACACAGCAUGAUUAUUCACACAGACACACACAAAGCGUGAGGCAUACACACACUCCACUGCGUGAGUGUAUACACACACACAAACACAGAGUUUGCGCAGACAGAAGCACUCACACCCUUCCAUAUCACCCCUCCACAGAGCUGUGUAAAUGUAAUAUUGUGACCGUUGAACCUUUUAUUAGGUUGUGGUAUAAUGUAAACGUAUUAUAAUGUAAACAGUAUAUAUAUAUAUAUGAACACGUAUCUAUUUUUGGUAUCAAUUCAGAUGUAUCGGAAAGCGGAUGUUUAGCAGGUUGGUGUGUGUGUGUGUGUGUGUUUAUAAUGUUGAAAUGAGGCAAUAAUGACAUCUGUGUUAUGGUUUUUACCCCAGCAUCAGACCCUGAAACCCUGCUACAUGCUUCCUCCUGGGUGGGUGUGUGGUUGAGUGGGUGUGUGGGUGGGUGGGUACAUGUAUGUAUAUSUUUAGUGUAUUGGAAAUGUCUUCCAUAUACAAUUCCUCAUGCUAUAUCAUCUUAUCAGUAUCUAAAGCGCUCUCUCUCCCUUCUCUCAUUUAGAGCAUGUCAUUCAGGUAUGACUUAGUGAAGUUAGUUUCUGUUGUUGUGUGGUUUUAUGUUUAAAGCACUUUGUGAUGGUGGGCAGAACCACCAAGGUCUUUUACUCACGCUGAGGAAGAGAGGUUUGACUUAAAGGAAUCAGUGAGUUAUUACAAAAUCUUAAUAAUAUUUGUAUGUGAUAUGACGAUUUGAUCCACCUAUUGUGAUGCCAAAGUGGGCUAGAGACUAAUGAAAUUGGCUAGAUUUGGGACAGGGAGAGGGAUCCACCCUGAUUCAGGGUCUGAUAAAGCUAACCAGAGUUGCGUCAUACCUUCACCCCAACACCACACACUGCAUCUGACCCAUAUCACACCACACACUGCAUCUGACCACCCAUACCACACCACACACUGCAUCUGACCACCC